CCUCUGGAGAUGCUGCUACCGCCGUUGCAGUUGUCGUGCACACUACUGUGGGUCCGCCAGCUCAAUUGCGGUAGCGCCCAGGUGUCCGAGCGCGCACUAGAGCCCGGCCAUGCCGCUGGGAGCGGCGCUGCAGGCUGUGCUGCUGGUCAUGCUGCUGGCCGGGCCCCGGGGCGUGACCGGUCGUCUGCUAAGCGCCUCGGACUUGGAUCUCAGAGGAGGACAGCUGAUCUGCCGGGGAGGGACACGGAGGCCUUGUUAUAAAGUUGUUUACUUCCAUGAUGCUUCUCGAAGACUGAACUUUGAGGAAGCCAGAGCAGCCUGCCGGAGGGAUGGGGGCCAGCUAGUCAGCAUCGAGUCCGAAGAUGAACAGAAACUAAUAGAAAAGUUUAUUGAAAACCUCCUGGCAUCUGAUGGUGAUUUUUGGAUUGGGCUCAGGAGGCGUGAGGAAAAACAAAGCAAUAGCACAGUCUGCCAGGACUUUUAUGCUUGGACCGAUGGCAGCACAUCAACAUUCAGGAACUGGUAUGUGGAUGAGCCUUCCUGUGAGAGCGAGGUCUGCGUGGUCAUGUACCAUCAGCCGUCAGCACCCACUGGCAUCGGGGGCCCCUACAUGUUCCAGUGGAAUGAUGACCGAUGCAACAUGAAGAACAACUUCAUUUGCAAAUAUUCCGAUGAGAAACCAACAGGCCCUUUUAUUGCUCCUGGAGGUGAAGGAACAGAGCCAGCCACACCCAUACUUCCUGAAGACAUAGAAAAAGAAGAUGCCAAAGAAACUUUUAAAGAAAAUGAAGAAGCUGCCUCGAAUCUUGCCUACUUCCUAAUCCCCAGCAUUCCCCUUUUCCUCCUCCUUGUCGUCACCACAGUUGGAUGUUGGGUUUGGAUCUGUAGAAGGAGGAAACGGGAGCAGCUGGGCCGCAGCACAAAGCAGCAGCACACCAUGUGGGCCUGUCCUCACCAAGGGAACAGCCCAGACUUAGAGGUUUACAAUGUCAUACGAAAACAAAGUGAAGCCGAUUUAGCCGAGACCCGGCCUGACCUGAAGAAUCUUUCAUUCCGAGUGUGUUCGGGAGAAGCUACUCCCGAUGACACGUCUUGUGACUAUGACAACAUGGCUGUGAACCCAUCUGAAAGCGGAUUCGUGACUCUGGCGAGCAUGGAGAGCGGCUUUGUGACCAAUGACAUUUACGAGUUCUCGCCUGACCGAAUGGGGAGGAGCAAGGAGUCUGGAUGGGUGGAAAAUGAAAUAUAUGGUUAUUAGGACACAUGAAAAACACUGGAACUAACAAGAAUGGUUAAGAAAAUAAGCAAAAGUUUCCUAUUUUCUGUAAGGAAGACAGUCAGCCUAUGAAAAUGCUCAGAUCAGGUCCUAGGGGUAAGCAUGUGAUCUGCAUUAGCCCUUUUGGGUCCACAAGUUUUGACUGUAUCCUUUAUACCAGCCUCUCCGACAGCUGGACCUUAUGAGAGAAAGCACCUUGCCAAGGGUCCAGCACAUAGUAGAAAAUAAAUGUCAGUUGAUUGAUUAUAUCCAACUUUCAAGAGACAGUGUUUUCAUCGGAAGGGAUAAGGUUGUGGCCAUGGGACUUGAGAAACCCAUGUUUAGGUUCUGUUUUUCUUGCUCUACACAGCAGCACACACAAUCACAAAGAGACAGACAUUAUAGAAGCUUUCAAAGCCUACAUGUGUUAGCAUUGGCUGGCCUGUGCCUCCUCUAGUCAUAUUGUCUGGUUUUUUUUUCCCCCAAAGAACCAAAUCGAAUAAAAAGCAGGAAGCAGCAUGUUAGUCAGUCUGUGUCUACAGCCUUUCCUCUGCAUGUGGCCUCAGGAGACCUUUUUUUCUUUCUCUUGACAUCCAAACUUGGAAAUAUCCAACUUGGAAAUACUUUAGAAACUAAAAAUGAAAUCAAGUCUCAGGCUUCUAAGCUAUUUAUGUUCCCAGCCCUGAUAUUGCACAUUAUUCUGUUAGUGUGUUUGUUUCAGUGAGGCAUCAACAUAAAAUUACUAACAAUGAUAAUGGUUCUUUCCUUUUUGUUUUAGGGACCUGACUAUUUCCAAUACUUUUGAGCUCAAAUCCAGAGAAAAGUUUCUAUAAUUAUUAGUAACAUAUUACUUGCAAUAUGCCUUGUAUCUAAGCUCAACAUACCAGUUUGUCAUGAUGUUGUGGUUGAAAGCGUUUGAUCCAAACAAAAAUGAAUUAUUGCUAAAGCCGUCAUCAGUACCCCCACCCCAGGCUCAGGAUCAAUGCCAACACCCCACUUUAGCCAUGUCCUUGUCAGUAUUUCUGAUUCGGACCACCACCCCCAAAAGUCAAUUCAGCAAUUCCUUUCUUCCAAGAUUUCCCAUCGUUCCCCUAUGAAAAACAAACAAAUGGUGUGAUCUAGACUAAAUAAGCUCUAAGGUGUCUUCCAGUUCUAAAAUUAGUUGAUUUCCAUAUGACUGAUUUUUUUCUAGCUUAUCGUUAGCAUGUUAUGCCACAUUAUUUCUGAACUUGUAGUAAGACAUAAUGAAUAGCAAACUGUAGAGAGAGGUGAAGGUCUAGAAAAUUGCACACCAGGAGAUGGAAAAGCAACAAAGCCAAUUAUUCUGUAAAGCCCCUCUUUUUUUCUUUCAAAGAGCAGUUAAUGACUAGUAAUUGCUAAUUAAUCUUGAGUUAUUUUUGAAUCCUGAGUUUGAACAGCAGAAGGAAAUGGUGUCUACAAUGAGUCAUCAGAGCAAGGGCAUCAGGAAAAAACAGUUUUUCCAAAGUAAAUAAGACUAGAUCAGGUCUCAAAAUAUAUAUAGGUUUUUAAAAUAUAAAGCUAUUGAAUAUAUAUUAUCACAAAAUAGGUACCCAAGAAUUUUCUAUGGUGGGUUACAUAUUUUAUUCAGUAAAAUUUAGAUCUCUUCAUGAGCUCAAAAUUUGUGCCGUUCUGUUCUUAUUUUUUCUCAUAUGACUUGUGUUUGGUCAAAAGCAGUAUCAAACAGAAUUCAUAAUCAUUUGACUGUAUUGGUGUAAUUAGCCAUUGAGCAUUUCAUGCAAUGCAACUUUUGCCGCCAAGUUAGAAACGGCUUUAAUUGUUUUUACCACCAGGUGGCAGUGUUAGGGUACCAUAGAAAUUUUACUACUAGUGUUUAUUCGUUUCUGGCAAGUAACUUCCUACAGCUAUAAGGGACGAGAGAGUCAAAAAAUAAAAUGAUACAAGUAGAAAUAAGACAGUAUAAUAAAGUAGUUAAAAUCCUGGGUUCUGGAAUCAGAGUGUCUAGAUUUUAAAUCAAGUUUUCUGCCACUUAUGUGGCUCUGCAAUUGUGAACAAACUAUUGAAUUCUUUAAGUCUCAGUUUACUCAUCUGUUGUUGUGUAACAUUACCUACCUAAAAGUGUUGUUGUGAGAAUAAAAUCUCAAAUAUAUGCAAAGUA